GAAUGGGCGAAAAUUGAAAGCGGUUAGUAGACGACCGGACGUGCGUGCCUCUAUUCAUUUCUCUCUUUAUUUCCUUCUGAAUCGCUCCUUGUCUCUUUCUUCUCUCCCCUGAUUGUUUGCUGAAUCUCUCCCGCUUUCGUUCUCCCUCGCGCGCUCGCUCUCUCCGUCUCGGCUUCCUGCGAUCCUCCAACUGCUCAUGGCGUCGCAGGACAAAGGUCGGCCAUUGCCUAAAUUUGGUGAAUGGGAUGUGAAUAACCCUGCCUCAGCUGAAGGAUUUACAGUCAUAUUUAACAAGGCUAGAGAUGAGAAGAAGACGAGUGGGGUUGCUGGGAGUUUGGCGUCACCACAAAGAAACGACAAUGCUUAUAAACAAAAUGAAAACUAUCAGUAUCCUCCCAAGGUACAACUAUUGGUAGAUGCCGAACAGCUAGAAUCAAAUAGCACAGUUGAUUAAGAAAUCUUUCAGAGCUUAAUUAGUUUUCUAAAUUUCAUUGCAGAGAAAGUGGUUUUGCUGCGGUUGAAGAUAAGACUGCCGUCAGAGACUUCAAAGAUUGAUGUAAAAUUCUUAUGAUGGUAUGGUAGGUUUUGGGAGUCCUCCGUGUAGGUUUUGGGAGUCCUCUGGUGGAAGUAAUGGAUUGAGAUGAUACUUUUCUAUUUCUUUACCCCUUUCUGUUGUACCUAUCUGCCCUUAUCUUUACCCUUUUUAAAAAAAAAAAAAAAACUUUACAUGCUUCCAUAUAUUCGCAUCCCAGAACUUGGAGUGGACAACAUAAAUUUGUACCUUUUUUUUUUAAUUUGAUGUUUGUGUUUGAAUC